AUGUCAUUGUGGGAACUGUUAUUGGCAGGUCUCGCUCUUCUUGUUGCCUCUGCAUUGUUCAUUGCUCUCUCGACUUUCAAUCAUUGGAGAAAAGUAAAGCACAUUCCAGGCUCCUGGCAACCCUUGCAUUUGUUUCAUAAAACUCCCUUCCUCUCUCCUUACUUGUAUUGGGGUUGUCAUGAUGAUGUGCUCCAACUCCGUAAAAUCAUGGGAGAUCCCAAGACUCAUACACUCCGAAUGAGUUUAUGGAGUCACAAUAGUGUGUCCAUUUGUGAUAAGGACUUGUUGAAAGAAGUCAUGGUCAUAAAAAGUCAUGAUUUCAUCAAGCAGAAAAAAAUUUAUGAUUUGUUUAAUACCUUCGGAGAGAAUAUCUUGUCAGCUCUUGAAAUUCAAGGAGAUAAUUGGAAACGACAUCACCGAGUCGCUUCAGGAACAUUCUCAACUAAGAAUCUGGAAUACAUGUCUCAAGUAGCUGUGAAUAGUGUCGAUUUGGUUCGUUCUGCCAAAUGGGACAAAGAUUUGGAACAAGCUUUCAAAAAAGGAAAAAAGGGAAUUCUUCUGGAUGCAAAUGCAGAUUUCAGUGAUGUCACUUUGGAUGUGUUAGGAAAGGCUGGUUUUGGUCUCGAUUUCUCAAUCUUUGAUGGAGUCAACCCCGAAGGAAAAGUGUUCAGACGUUCUCUCGAAUUCAUGUUGUCGACAGGUGUCAUGUGGGGAUUUUUAUUCACCAAUUUGUAUCCUGCCUUAUCUUUCUUAUUGCCUUUGGUGAACAAGUUGACAGGUGUGGAGAAGGCCGUUCAAGUGGUAAGCUCCACUCUUGACAGGAUCAUUGCAGAGAGACGAAAAGAAUUGGAAUUGAAUGCUGCUGUGAAUUCAGAAUUUUCUGCCGAUUCCACAGAAGAACGAAGAGAUUUACUGAGUGUCGUGGUGGAGGCCAAUCGAGAACAGAAAGGAAUUCUCACCGAUCAAGAAUUGAAAUCCGACGCAUAUGUAUUCAGUUUGGCAGGCCAUGAAACAACUGCCACGGCCAUGCAAUGGUGUGUCUAUGAACUCGGAAAACGACCAGAAAUCCAACAAAGAGCACGCGAGGAGGUGGAUCGAAUUUUAGGGAAAGGACCAAAUGCAAGAAAACCCUAUUUUGACGAUUACUCUCAAUUGCAUUAUGUGAAUGCAGUCUUGAUGGAAACUCUGAGACUUCAUCCACCUGUGAUGGGAGUUUUUCGUGCUGCUCGAAAGAAUACCACAAUUGGGCCUUAUUCCAUUCCAGCUGGUACCACUGUGGCUAUGGAUAUUUAUUCUGCCAAUCGAAGUGAGAAAAAUUGGGAGUCUCCACUCGAAUUCAAACCCGAGAGAUUUCCACUCGAUGCAGAUUCUCAAUUGAAAAUUCAACACGAUUUCACAUGGAUUCCCUUCUCGAUGGGAAAUCGUAAAUGUAUUGGAUACAAAUUUGCUUUAAUUGAGGCAUGCAUGAUUUUGAGUCGAAUGUUGCAAUUUUAUGAAUUGGAAUUGCUGAAUGAUGAGUCAAAUCCUAAGGAUCGAGUGACAGAUAUACCUGGAGUGACUGUUCGACCAGGUAAUUUGAAAGUGCUUCUCAAGCCAAGACGUGAUUUGUAA